AUGCCGCCAAAGUCUGCUACCAAGCCGCAAAAGGCGGCUUCGAAUAAGCGAGCUCGCAAGGACUCUGCUGGAGCCGGUAAUCAGACACUUGAUAACUACGUUACCAAGAAGCCUCGAACUUCUAAGAAGGACGAGAAUUCAACCUCACCAUCCAAUCCUGAGGAGCCCUUGGAAGGUUCCCAGGAAGAUGAGCCUGGGGAUGGGGGUAAAGAAACUGCCGGCCUUCCAAAAGGCCGCAGCGGCAAGAAUCAAUUAGACCAGACACUACCCCCGAUCUCAGAUAUCGAUGCCGCAUUCUGGGACAUUGCAAAGAGGUCAGCAGAGCUGCUGGAUGAGAAGAACGGAAAUCUUGUCCUGCGCAUCGCAACCAUGUGCUCUGGUACGGAAGCACCUAUCAUGGCUCUGAGGGAGAUUCGAGACAUCUGGGAAAAAAUGCAGCCCGGAAGACAGUUUCUUGAAUUCCUGCAUGUCUUCAGCGCCGAGAUUGUGAGAUUCAAGCAAGCGUAUAUCAUGCGAAACACUGAUGGCACGAUUGUGUACAAUGACGUCCAAGACUUUAUCAAUCCCAAAGACGGAAUGGCACCCACUGCAAUGGGAUCGUUCGAGAAGAUUCCCGGUGACGUCGACAUUCUCGUUUCGGGGUGCUCUUGUGUUGACUUUUCAUCGCUCAACACGAAACAGACGAAUACUUACACCCCAGUUAAUCUCAAAGAGGAGUACAGUCAUAUUGGGAAGCUCUCAAAGGAAAAUGGCUACGACGAUACCGAGUACGCGCGCAUUGACAAAUUUUUCCAGGCCUGUCUUGAGGCAACCCCCGGAAUGGGAUCCUCCGCUAAGACAUUCUUUUCGAUGCUGAGUUACAUCCGCGCCUAUAGGCCAAAGGUCGUUAUUCUCGAGAACGUGCUAGGGGCCCCAUGGGCUGAGAUGGAGAAAGUUUGGUUCCCAUUCCUCGGUUACACAGCUUAUCACACCAAGCUCGACACCAAAGACUUCUACAUCCCCCAGACCCGCACACGUGGUUACCUUCUUGCAAUGGACAAUACCAUCUUCGCCAAGGGUAAGAAGUACCCAAAGAAGGAGCCGAAGGAGGAAGAUGUCCAGAAGAAUGGUAAGGCGUCCAAGAAGACCAAGGCGGAAAAGGAUGCCGAGAAACGCGCUCAAGAGGAUGAAGAUCUUAGGUGGGACGCAGGCAAGAUUGGAAGCAUGUGGCUUCAUCUCCUCAAGAAUGUGUUGCCGAGACGAGCAUCUAGCCCGGUUCUGAUGUGGUUACUACCACCUGCCCACCCUCUAACUGAACGAGCUCGACAAGAUGAUUCGGAGAAGACCCUGGGUUUCGGUACGGAGACUGACUGGCAGCGCUCGAAAAUUAUCCAUAUCCGAACUCGAAGGAAAGAAGAAUUGGGCAAUUCUCGUGACAUAACGAAAUGGGGAAUUAGAAAUGGACAACCUUAUGAUCGCAUGGAUAAAAAUGUUUUAGAAUCUAUCCCGGAUCGCGUCAAGGAUUGUAUAGAAAUCAACUUCCUGAGAGGCUUGAAGACCUAUCUCAAUGGAAUCCAACGCUGUGUCUACGAUUCCCGAUUCAAGAAUCGUAUCUCGGACUUGAGUCAGAACAUCCAUCGAUCAGAUUUCGGAACUCCAUUGGGUAUAACUGGAUGCUUAACUCCGAGCGGCAUACACUUCAUGUCGGACCAGUGUCGAAUGGUAUCUGGGUAUGAGACUUUGGCUCUUCAAGGGCUGCCUCUCCACCGUGUAGAGUUUGCCACAGAGACUCAAGAACAACUGCGCGACCUAGCCGGAAAUGCGAUGAGUACGACGGUGGUUGGUGCUGUUCUCGUGGCUCUGUUCAGAGCAGUCUGUAGCCAACCAGAGGGACCCCAGAAAUACUUCAACCGCGAACUCGAGCCAAAGACCAAGAAGGAGCCUCGAUUGACAGUAGAGCCUAAGCUGAAAGAAAUUCCAGAGUUCAGCACGAUGGAUGCCCAAUCUCUGAACGCAUCAACCAUCAGAGAACUGUAUGCGAGGUCUCGCCGUUAUUGCUUCUGCAAUGGAGCAGCUAAGUAUAGUACCGAUGACUUUAUGAAAUGCAGUCGAUGCCUAACCAUCCGUUGUAAAUGGUGUGCCGGGAACCCAGAGCAUUCUUUCCAACGAACAGAGCGACCUGCUGAUUACCUAUUGCUAAGCGAGGUGGAACAAGAAGUCAUGCGAUUCUUCCCUGGAACGAUCACGGGCAUGACCACUGCCAACUGGUUGCCGACACUUAAUUCUCGUACGGAAGUAACCAUCGCCGAUGUUAAGGACGCCCUGGAAAAGCUCCGAGACGUUACUUUCUAUUAUGAAAGUAUUCGGAUUACAGAGGUUGUGACGGUCUGCUACUCUGGACAAUGGGGGUUCGAUGUCCGAGCUAAGUUAUCGGAUAUUGGUAUCACUUGGUACUUGUACCUGGACCCAUGGAGUAAGACCGGCAAUGCCCUUCAGGAUACAAUAAAGUGUGUCGAUCCUACUUUGGCCACAGAAUACGUUCGAUCGCCACAGCCUAUCGCAAAGGCCGAGUUAUUUGACAAUUCGCCGAGCGUAUUUCCAGAGCCCCACAUUUGGAAACUGUGGCAUUUCGUCAACAUAGGGAUGAAAGUAUCAGUCGACGGGCGUGAGAAGGAUCUUUUAAAGAUCACCAAGAUCGAUAUAAAGUAUCCCGAGGGUGUACAGCACCAGUUAGAUUUAGAUGAUGCUUAUGGGUCGUAUCACCAUUACAAAACCUGUGAUGGGCCAGAGCAGAGCCUUCAUGCUCAAGAUAAGAAGGUGUUUCUCUUUAAGGACGUUUCGCGUACCCUUACUCCAGACUUAGACGGCUAUGUUAUUUCAAAGUCUUGCCGCCAAUUAGAAUACCACGAAUACCGGGAGAUUCUAAUGAAGUUUGACACCCGCGUCAACUUGUCGAAGCGGGAAACUGGCGAUGUCGACGCAUGCGUUGGCGGAUACUGGAAGGAGUCUCGAUUUGGCGGCGCCGAUAAUUUCGUCGAAGGGCAAAAGUUUACGAUCUUUAAGAAUUUGGAAAAGGUGAAAGUCUUUGGCUCUAGGCAUUCCAUCGUCGAGAACGAGGAGCCUGAACAGCUGAUACUCGCCGAAGCGCAGAUCGUGAGAGAGAUGGAAUGCGACCCCUACAAGGCCAUCACGAAGUAUAAGGCCCAGUGUAAGGACGCUACUGAUGGUUGGGCCGUUGUAACUAAGGCUGACCUGCAUCAUCUUCACGGCUUCAUCUCUCAUGUCAAUGUCAAACUCGCUGGGAUUGAGGACUUGGAGAUUAGCUUCGAGCUAAAAGACAUUGAGGCCUGGUUGGAUAAAUUCAAGAAUUGGAAAGAUGGCGUUUUUGCAACAAAGCCUCGCGAGUGUCCGUAUGGACAACUACCUCCGAUCCGCUGGAUAAAAGUUGGCAACAAAUAUGUCGGACACCAUCUGACCGAUGCGAUGGCAGACUUCGAGAAGCGCUUCAAAACGCGAAUUCCGAUUUUCGAACCGAGGGUGCAGGCUCUGCCAAACCCAGACGCUAGCGGGAAGAUGCAUGCUAUCCGCGUGCAGUACUUAUUCCAGCACAAGGUCCUAGGACAGAGAGCAGCAGUUUUCCUGCCUCCUACCAGGGACCCUACGGCUAGAGUGACUGCUGGAGUACAGGUCGAGCGCAAUGCUGUUCUAUCCGAAAACAUGCAAGUUAAUUCCAACGGCGGCAGUAGACACAAGUUUGAACCGUUUCGAAAUGCGCUGAGAAGCUUGGGAGAAUUUCCUUAUGGCAUGGAACCUGCUUUGCAGACAUUCCAAGGACAACUGACUCAGUCGCAAUUAAGAUCCCUUGCUUGGAUACUUGACAGGGAAAGAAAUAAUCCGAAAUUCACCGAACAAGAGAUCGAGGAAGAAAUUGUGCCCGAGCUAAAGCUCCGACUGGCUGGAUGGGCCAAACGUAUUGUCACCAACCACGGUGGCGUACUUGCGGACGAUGUAGGUUACGGCAAGACCGUUGUCAUGUUAGCCUCAGCGCAUUGCCAGCAAGUAUUCGACUCGGAGAAGUCCUUUCAACAGCGUGAGACCGAAAAACCGCAUUGCAACUACUUGAAAGCCACCCUGGUGGUGGUUCCGGGACACUUGGUCGAUCAAUGGGCUACGGAAGCGCUUCACUUUUUACCCAUAAAGUCGAGCGAGAUUUUCAAAAUUAAGUCGAUUUCAGAUCUCCAAGACAACGCUUCUCAGGCGGUUCUAGGAAGGCUCCGUGCGGCAAGAAUCAUUGUGGUGACCAACAAGCUGUUUGAACCACGUUAUAAUCAGAGACUUGCUAGCCUAGCCGGGUCACUUGAUCCACCAGAUUCAUCCUUAAUCAAAGAUCAAGACUCGGCUAGCAGCCGCAGUUUUGUAGAUUGGUAUGAGGAUGCUGCGCCAGCGGCUCGAGCUCAUGUGAGUGCUCUAUUAAGCAGUCCCGAUCCCAAGAUAAAGGAGGUAUGGGGUGAUAUGAAUGGACGUACCGAACGUCUUAGGGAUGAAUACAAGGUCUAUGCCAAUGAUCUGUCGCGCCGUAGGGGAAAGGCGCGUAAUAUGGAAAGAAAGGACGGAGAGGAUGGUGUCGUAGAGACGAACCUCCAGGCGUCUCAACGGAUUACCUCGUGGCAGGAACUGGACAGCGAGUGGAACAAAGGCGGAUUCCUUCACGUUCUCGACGAAUUUACAUUCGCUCGCGCGGUGUACGACGAAUUCUCGUACGAAAACUUCUCGGCUAUGACAUUCUUCGUCAAUUGUUCAGCACAUGCUAAGUGGAUUUUAUCCGCCACACCACCGACAAGGAACCUCCAAGCGGUACAGGGGAUCGCAAAUCUCGUGAACAUCCAUAUCGCACGUCCAAUUUACUCGCGUGUAGGGAUGCCGCGAAUCACCGUGGGUCCGGCUUUCGGUGAGCAGACCAAUGCCGAAGCUUUGCAGAAUCGCAAACUUAUGUCUGACUCGUGCAUUCGCGAGAGGCACGAAAAGGGCAUGGAGUUCUUGAAAACUUUCGCCACUUCCAAUCCACUGGAUGCGGCCUUCGCCGGAAGUAUCAGAGUAGAGGAAAAGGUUAUCGUGUGCGAACUGAAUAAGCACGAAGCUAUCGAAUACAUGGCUCUUGAGCACGACCUGCGCGCAUGUGGUUUGGAUGCGAACAUGCUACCUGCGGCGUGCCGUGCUCGCCUCCAAACCCUAGUUGAACUCAAUGAAUGGUUUGAAGAUGGAAGGAAUGUCGCCGUGAGGUUAUUCCUUGCUCGAUCUUCCUGUAGCUUGGAUGGGCAAUCCCUUGAAUCGCUCCGUCAGGAACGACGUGACCAGGCUCAACACGCCACGGCUGUCUUCAGAAUCCAUCUUGAAAAGGCAAUUUGGCUAGCUUGGAGAGUCCUUACCAACGACAAAGAGUGUUCGUUUUCAAAUGCCACAACUGCCGCACAGGAUAUCUCGAUGAUUCUUAAGGAUAUAUGGUGUAGGGAUACCGAGAUUUGUGGCGGACUUGACUCUUGGAGACAAAUCUUUGAAGCGCUUAAUGUUGGCUCAUACGAGGACAGGUUCAACGAGCUUGUCAGGAACCAUCCUAACUUCCAUGAUGACGACAAGGAGUUACUCCGUUUUAUGUACGGACUGAGGCAAUCAUCUUGGAAUGAUUACUUCGAUCUCGAAGCUAAGCACCUCGCCGGAAUAAAAGAGGAAGAAGCAGGCGAGCUUUUAACCGAUCUUCUCAAGACCUUCGGCAACACGUCAGUUGUGUCGAACAACCCAACGGAGUCGAAAAAGAACCAGUUAGCUGCGCUCCUUGGCGGACCAGGUUUGGCGAGAUUUAGAAGAGCAGAAGCUUCAACCGUGCGAAGACCAACUCCGGGCGAAAUGCCUUCGCUCCCCAAAUCCAAAUCCAACAACAAAACCUUCCUCACUAGCCUAUUGAAAUCUCUUGGCGUAGUCCCGAUCAAGGACCCAACGGCCCAGCAAUUAAGGACACGAUUGAAGGCCCAUUACAACGGAACCCUUGAUGAUUCGGAAUAUGUUGGAAUGAACGAUUCCCGGGCGAUGAAGCGCACCGAAUUCCCGAAUUUUGAUAAACGAAUGAUUAUCCGAGGAGGUAAAUAUACGGCCACUAGCAGUGAGACCAGUGAUACCUCUGUGGGAUUGCGAGCGGCCUUUGACAAUUUGGCCCACGUUAUCAAGCAAAAAAGGAUCGUAGAGAACCUGGUUUCGGAGGAGGAGCAGUUGCGCUGCGAUAAUUGCGCACAACUCAAACCUAGAAAUGAUCUACACAUAGUCUGUGAAUGUGGACAUGUGCUCUGUGCAGAUCACCUCCAUUAUAAGUACUGCGGCGACAACAGUCCUAAUGGCGCAAGCGGUUGCAAAUCGUCCCUCGCAGACGCAACGAAGAGCCUGGCGCUUAUCGACAAACCCCAGAGAUCCCUUAACCAUGUGCCCAGUACACAACAAGACCAGAUUGCCGGUAUUAGUUCCAAGUCGCAGAUGAUUGCGAACUGUAUCAAGGGAAUCCCCGAAGAUGACCAGGCAAUUAUAUUCUUCCAAUUCGACAACCAAAAGGAAGAGCUGAAGAAAAUCCUGGAUAAAAACAAGAUUACCUAUACGGAGUCCCCUACAGAGUCCCCUACGGAGUCUCCUGAUGAUUCAAAUAAGUGUAAGGUCAGGUUCCUGAACCUCAACGAUCAGAGCUCAUCAGGCACGAAUCUUCAAAAGGCGAACCAUGUGAUGUUUGUAUGUCCUCUUCUUAGGGCAUUACAGGAACAGUACGACUCCGAUAUGAAACAAGCAAAGGGCCGAUGUGUUCGUUUUGGCCAGAAGAAGGUAGUCCACGUAUACCACUUUGUGACGGCCCACACUAUCGAAGUGGAUAUGCUAGAACUUCGAAGGCAAUCUCACGUCUUGGUGCGUCCCGGAGAGGCCGUUGGUAGACUUCGUCACGUUCCUCUAGUCCAAGGUGUGGAAGCAACUAAUUCUGCCGGCGCUUCUCAGGUUGUCAGUGGAGAUGUCACUAAUGGGGAAGAACGGGUUCGGUCGGUGCUUACCUCAAGCGAGAUCUGGAAGGCCAUGAACGAAUCAAACUGGCUGAAUACAGUCGGUAUCGAGUACUGA